CCUUCAUGGUUUGAAACCCAAAUCAAGGAAGUCCAAGCAUGCCUUCACGUACAUCUUUCAUCUUCUUUCUCCUUUUCUCCUUCCUCACUAGCUUCACAGCUUCUGCUCAAAACUUUUUCUUCUUAAAGCAUUAUUGUCUAAAUACGACAAUUUUCUCGAGUAGCAACACUUUCUUCACCAAUCGCAGAACUCUUUUGUCCUCCCUCUCUUCCCCUAACGCCUCUUACUCCACCGGUUUCCAAAACGCUACGGUUGGGGAAGCCUCUGAAUGAAAUAUUCUUACAUCUGGUCCUGACAGGGUCACGAGACUUUUCCUCUGUCGUGGAGACGUUACCCCAGAAGUUUUCCGUAACUGCGUUGCAUUUGCCGUCAACGACACACUCAAUCGGUGUCCGAAUGAUAGACAAGCCGUGAUCUAUUACGAUGAGUGUAUGCUCAGAUACUCUGACCGGAAUAUCCUUUCGACCCUUACAUACGAUGGAGCAUGGACCAUGUUGAACGGUAAUAUAUCAACUAAUCAAAGUCAAAUAUACAGGUUUCAAGAUUUGGUGUCGUUAACGAUGAACCAAGCUGCCAUCGAGGCAGCAAACAGUUCUAAAAAAUUCUAUACGAUGAAAGCAAAUUGGACCGCACUGCAGACUUUGUACGUACUGGCUCAAUGCACUCCUGAUCCUGAUCUUAUAAGAGUAGACUGCUUGAGCUGUCUUCAAUACUCCAUCAACGCAAUGGCUCUUUACAAAAUUGGAGGAAGAACUCUUUACCCUAGUUGUAAUUCAAGGUACGAGCUUUAGGAUUUCUACAACGAAACCACCAUUACAACACCACCACUGCCUCCUGCAUCUACUCCUCCGGUGUCUGUUCCUCCACGACCUGGAAAAGAUGGGAACUCAAAUGUGUUACUGGUAGCUAUUGUUGUGCCUAGUAUAGUGGUUGUUCUGCUUUUCAUAGCUGGUUAUUGUUUCCUUGCAAAGAGGGCAAAGAAGACUUCUGAUACUGCACCAACCUUUGCACCAGCCUUUGAUGGAGAUGAUAUAACAACCAUAGAGUCUCUGCAACUUGAUUAUAGAACAAUUCAAGCUGCAACAAAUAAUUAUUCAGAAAAUAAUAAAAUUGGCCGAGGUGGAUUUGGUGUGGUUUACAAGGGUACACUUUCUAAUGGGACUGAAGUUGCAGUGAAGAGACUUUCAAAAUCAUCAGGCCAAGGUGAAAUAGAGUUCAAAAACGAGGUUGUUGUUGUUGCAAAGCUUCAGCACAGAAAUCUGGUUAGGCUUCUCGGGUUUUCUCUAGACGGAGAAGAAAGGGUAUUGGUCUACGAGUAUGUGCCCAACAAAAGCCUUGAUUACUUCCUCUUUGACCCUGAAAAGCAAGGUGAGCUGGACUGGACUCGUCGAUACAAGAUCAUUUGAGGCAUUGCUAGGGGAAUUUUAUAUCUUCAUCAAGAUUCAAGGCUCACAAUCAUACACCGUGACCUCAAAGCAAGUAACAUUCUCCUGGAUGCAGAUUUGAAUCCCAAAAUUGCUGAUUUUGGAAUGGCAAGGAUCUUUGGAAUGGACCAAACCCAGGAGAACACAAGCAGAAUAGUUGGUACCUUCGGUUACAUGGCUCCGGAAUAUGCAAUACAUGGCCAUUUCUCAGUGAAAUCUGAUGUCUAUAGCUUCGGAGUGUUGGUACUUGAGAUUAUAAGCGGUAAGAAGAACAGCAGCUUUUACGAGACAGACGGCGCACAUGACUUGGUCACACAUGCUUGGAGGCUUUGGAGUAACGGAACAGCAUUAGACCUCGUGGAUCCAAUUAUUAUAGAUAAUUGCCAAAAGAGUGAAGUGGUUCGAUGCAUCCAUAUCGGUCUUUUAUGUGUUCAAGAAGAUCCCGUAGAGCGUCCGGUCUUGUCGACCAUUAUCAUGAUGCUCACUAGUAAUACUGUGACUUUACCAGUGCCUCAUCAACCAGGGUUUUUUGUCCAGAAUAGACCCGAAAAUGACCCGCUUGAUAUAUAUCAACAUACGAAAACCAAGUCUGUUCCAGGGUCUAUUGAUGACGAUUUGAUCACCGAGUUAUAUCCUCGUUGA